AUGGCCGAAUCGCUAAACCCCACGAUUCCCACGCCGACCUGGUCUUUCGGCAACGUGGCAGCAUCGUCUUCUCGGGAGACCACUCCACAAGCCGUACAGCCGGAUCCAGCCUCAUCGUCUAGUGAGGAGCCCGCGCAUGGUGACAGUGCGCAAAACACCGAGGAGAAUCCAUCACAGACAGGCAGACGUUACCCGCCCCGAACAUGCAGAAUCUGUUUCGAAGAGGUCGAGCCGACGUUCGAGGCCCCGAACCUGUCCACUCAGUAUCUCGGAGGAAAGCCACGUGUGAGAUAUGUAUCGGAUGAACCGGAGCUUGGCCGGCUCAUGCGCCCUUGCAAGUGCAAGGGAUCGCAGAAAUAUGUCCACGAGGGUUGCCUCCGGGCUUGGAGGGGAGCUUCGCCCGCGGAUCGAAACCUUUGGCAAUGCCCGACCUGCAAGUACGAGUACAAGCUAAGCAGCUUAAAAUGGUCAAAAUGGAUCAACAGCGGGAUCCUCCGUGCGUUCCUGACCGCAACGAUUAUGGUCUUUGCCCUCUUCCUAUUGGGCUUUAUCGCCGAUCCGAUUAUCAAUAUCUGGAUCGACCCUGCCGGUGCUGUUGUGGAUGUCGUCAGGGGAGGCCUUGAUGGCUUCGAAGAAAUACUAGAAUACAUCCCCGACGACGAACCAGACACCUGGUUUGUGCACUUCUCGAAGGGCUUACUGUCCCUGGGGCUGGUGGGCCUUGUCAAGGUAUUUCUUGGCUUAGGCCCUCUUCACUGGUUCAACGUCAGACUCGGUGGUACCAGGCGUGGGAGAGGUAGGGACAGGCUUGAGAAUGUCAGUUGGUUACUGGUGGCCGUGGGAGUCGCCACAUUCAUAGGGGCUGUCUGGAAGGGUGUGAGUGCUGUUUGCGCGCGGUAUCUUAGCCAAGUCAGCGACGACAUCAUUGAUGUACCCGAAGAAAAAGAUGAAGAAGACGAGGGCGAGGACGAGGGUCAAGGGCAGCAGGCAGAGUCCAAGAAGGAUCAGUGA